AUGCCGGGGGCAAAGGCACCCCGUCCUCCUAAAAAGGCAUCACGGAAACGUAAAAUCAGUGACGAAAGUUUCGAGCUAGCUUCUGGGGACUCGGGGGCAGGUGGAACGUCCAACCCGCCAUCCAAGAGACGACGCUCUCGUCGACUCAUUGCACGGGGACGUGACGAGGUCGAGGAGGGCGAAACAGCAGGCACAGAUCCAAGUGCCAACCCUACAGGAGAUGAUAUGGCUACCGGCCAGGAUCCCCAAGGAGGGCGCCGCGGAUGGAACGGGGGCGUCGGCGGCAAACUUCGCACCACCUUCAGCUCAUUCAGCUCAUUCAGCUCAUUCAGCUCUACUGCCAAGGUAGCGCCCCCUCAGGCGCCUUCGAGAUCCGCUCUAGAAAAUCGGCAACCUACCAAGACGCAGCCUCCUAAGACGCAGCAUCCGAAGGGAGUCGAAAUUGCCAACGAGCCAGCUGCUACUCUGCCAGACCCGGUUGAAGCAGCUGGAGAUGACGGCCAGGGAGCAAGGGCGAGGGUUGCAACUGUGUCGAAAGGGCCCGGUAAUGGAGCACGGCUGGUAUUCCAGAAGCAAGGCCAUGAGUGGGCAUUGCCACCUCUCACAGAUUCAGAAAGCAGCAUCACGGAUGCAGGAUCGUGGCUGACACGGUUUUGCAAAUGGUGUGGAGCCUUUAUCACUCUGAAUGAGACCUGCUCCUUCAGCGAUGCAGAUCGUGCCCUGAUGGUGGAAGCAUACGCUCACUGGACUGAUUCGACACAGUGCCUGACGAGAAAACAGCGGAGAGCUGCCAAAUCUGCAGCACUUCAAACGAAGAAACAAGGCAACUUCCGUCAGCUCGUCAUGACAGCACAGAACGGCCCAGGCGGGUUAAAACCCAGCGGGCCGGGGGCCGAGGGAGGCCCAAAGCCAAACGGGUCAGCAGCAUCACUGCUGCAAGAUGUUGGGAUGGGUACACUGGUGGCCAAUCUGCCUGCGGGACAAAUUCCUCGAGCAUAUGGGCCAGGUGAGGAGGGCGUGGCGCACAUGCAACGAUACUUCCCUGGCAUAUCCGGCGAUGCCAUAUUCUGCGUCUUGUGCGCCUCGUCAGGGCACCGACAGGACUCCUGCCCGAGCGCGAUCUGCCGAUUUUGCCAGACGCUGGACCAUCCAUCUUACAGUUGUCCAACGAGGAGACGAUGCUCGAAGUGCAAGCAGCUUGGCCAUAUCGCAGAUGAUUGCCGGGAGAAACUGGCGUUGGCGCCAGGAGAAGGCGUUGAGUGUGCUUUCUGCCAAGCCCAGGACCACACAGAGGUCGACUGUGUCGAGUUCAAACGCACUUAUUGGCCAGACGAAAACAAUAUUCGGAAGAUCAAGGACGUACCUGUCUACUGCUAUUGUUGCGGCGCCAAAGGGCACUACGGUACUCAGUGCGGCCUCAAUCCUGGUGCCUCGAGGCCGGCCCUUCACGAGACGUGGAGCAGGACGAAUAGCCAGAAGUACGUCGAUCAAGACAGUGCCGAAUUUGCCAUCAUUUGGGAUGCCGCAUCUGGCGCGGUUUCCAACAGCCGAGCUGCCGACGAGGGACCACCCACAUUUGGCGGGAAGGGCAUCGCACGGCGCACCCAUAUCAUCUUUGAGGAUGACGACGAUGACGACGACGGGGGGUUUAUCCGUCCCCCGGUCCAGAAACCACCUCCGCCUGGCAAAAUCAAGAUCCAGGCGACCAAUAGGGGUGGUCCUCCCCAGAAGGCCAACGGGCACCAAGGCGGAGGGAAGAACCUGCGCAAUGGUGGUGGGCCUCCCAAGGCCCCGGUCAAUCCUCCAUUGCCCCCUGGACCUCCCCCGCCGCUGCCACCGCAGGCGUCGCAGAACAUGCCGAAACCUUCACAGAGUCGGAAAAGGAAACAAAAAGCCCGGGACAAUAAUCCGCAGAAUCACCAGCAACCUCGAAAGGCGAAGAGGCAGGGUCAGGAACCCCCAGGACGCAGCCGGGAUCGCUAUUCUCGGGACGGAGGAAAACGCGGAAAGGCUUGA